AUGUCAACACUUUCUAGCGCUCUUUUAUCGCUUCCUGCACCAUCUGUCACUCUAGCUAUAGGCGGAUUGACUACUUCUUAUGUCUUCUUCGCCAAUGUCGCAGAAUAUCAAAGAGGACUUAUCCCCUAUCUCAACUCAAGGCUGACCCCUGUGCAGCUGAACGAUAAGGGAAGAGCUCAACUGUGGAAAGCUUACUUUGACAACGCAGCGACCUGGGUAGUAGGACUUUCACUCGCAUCUGCAGGACUGAACUUGACCACAUCGUACCUUCAUCGAUCUCCACUCAUAUCUCGACUUACGCUCGUAUCCGGUAUCACCUCUCUGUUGAUCUUGCCCAUCACAGUGAUCUCGGGCUUGUUACCGGUAAAUGCUAGGCUUCACGAACUCGCCGAAGACGGGGGGAAAGCGGGUACAUCAGCGAAAGAGGAUGAAGCAAAACUGUUGAUAAUCGCUUGGGAAACCAAACAUCUUAGAAGGAUUCCUGUCUAUGGUGUAGCUUGGUGCUUGAGCGCAUUGGCUAUCUUGCUUGACGGAAGGGCUUAUUAG